AGACGUGAAUAUGCGUUGUUUUGUGGGUAUAUCUAUAUCCGCAAUGCAGGCGUGCCUGUGUAUUACCAGCUAAAACUGUGUGCGGCCAAGAUAUUUCUGGAUAAAACCUAGCUCAGUGUCGAAGGAAAAGAAUAACCUCAAAAUGGACAACACAAGCAGUGAAGAUAGUUCAUCAGACUAUACCACUGAAAGUUCUGAUGAUGAUGGUAUGGAAACAGCACAAAUAAAUGGUGAAAAACUGCAGCUACCCCAAGGGCUGUGCGAGAGACAAGAUAUAUUUAGGGACAUAUUCUGCACAGAGACUUGGAACUCCUUAUCUGAUGAGAAUAGGCAGCACCUACAGACAUUACUACCAAAUUUUCCUGAAAAUGAUGAUGAAGAAAAGACUAAAACUCUGCAGAGAUUAUUUGAUUUUGAUGUAUUUAGAUUUAAUAGCCCUUUAGUUAAAUUUCAUGAUGACCUGAAAGCAGGUUACUUCAGGCCUGAUAUAGUACGUAUGCGUGGGAUUAUCAGAAAGACAGAACAUAAAGAAGCAAAAUAUAGGCAUAAGACUUUUAGGGAACAACUCAAGAACGAAGUGAUUGAAUCUCAAAGUAAGUUAUUAUCACAAUUUAGAAAUCUCCCUCCUGGUAUUGAACCAAGGCAAUCAAAAAGGAAAUUAAAUGUAGACUAUGUGUCACAUAGGACUAAAAGAAGGUAUUUUCAAAUUGUAUCUUCAAUCAGGUCUAAAACUGAUGAUCCAGGCUGCUCUUCUGAUGAAAAUUAUCCAGAAGGUGCUCCUUUACCCAUGUCUAGAAAACAAAAGAGACAUUUGAAUAGUAUAAGAAAUAGUUUGAAUAGUUCCAAAGACAAAUUCUUCAAUUCUACAAUGAUAGCAAAAUUGAAUGGUUUCUCAUUAGAUUUGGAAAAAUAUAUUACUCCAAAUCAUAAUCCUUUUUAUGUAAACGAUGAAUCAUAUAGAAAUAUGAUAGAUCAACACAAAAGAAGGAAGUUGGAGAAUCCUGAAGACCCAGAAUUGAAUACAAAAGGUAUAGUUUUAAGUGAUAUUGUACAUAGAACACAGCUGCCUUAUAAUAAAAAUUUACCAGUGAUAGUGAAACAUCAAGUAGAAAAUAAAGUUGUAAAUAGAAAGAAAGUGAAAAGAGAACAUGUAAAUCAUAGGAGGUCCCCAGAAAACCUGUACUUCAAUAAAGUCAAAGCAUUAUAUGAACAAAGUUCCAACUCUGACUCAGAUUCUGAUUCUACAAUAGAUGCUGUAACUAUUAGUUCCAAUAAUAAACCUAGAUCAAAAUCGCGGCGCACCCCCACCCUCAAACCCAAAGUCGAGAUUAAAAAAGAAAUCCCCUCCCCUGAGCCAAUAAAAACCACAAACAUAGUGAGCAUAUCUACUAAUGCCAAACCUCCUGUAUUAAAAACUAUAAACAAUAUUAGUCAAUAUGGCAAAAUCACUCCUGCAUGUGUAGAAGACCUAGAUGGCAUAGAUGUCAUGACUAUACCUAUAGACUUAGAUAACUCUGAAAUAGACAUACUGGAACUGACCAACAAGCCAGAACUGAUGCAAGACACACACGCGAAUUUCUUUUCCCUAAUCAGAGACAUCAUUUGCUCCACCAAUGAGCACCGCAUGAACAUGUACACCCUACAAGAACGCCUGAAAACCUGGCAAGAAAACCCCAUCAGCCCUCUGAAUGACUGGUACAGCUUCACUGAUAACUGGAUCGGUAUCCUACCGUCAGCCAUCACUUUCUUGUGCGGCAACGCCUCUGAGCAGCCCGACGAUUUUGUCCCCUACAUGGAAUAUAAGUCCUCCCUGGACGUUUACCAGUGGAUAGGGGCAGGCAGGGAUUCAGAUAACCUUCUCAGUUCCAUUUGCAAUUUCUGGUUGGAGCACAGGUCUGAGAAUAAGAGCGUUUCUCCUGCAAAGGACAGUGAAAUCGACAUGGACUUGUACACAGACAGGUCCAAUACUCCACCUCCGCCGAGAUGUCCCACUAACUGGACCGUCCGGAAAGCUACCCCAGAGGAAAUCAAGGAUUUCAGGGAGCAGGAGCGACGGCGAUACGACAACCCCCACAAAGCGUUUACCUAUCGGUGUAACAGCUACGAGUCUGUCGUGGGGCCCAUCAAAGGGAUAUACAACCCUGCCGUGGGCAAUACGAAGGCCCGCGGUCACACUAUGCUGUCUGCCGAUAGGCCGAAUUUCGUGACGAUUCUUUCUUUGGUGAGAGAUGCCGCCGCUAGAUUGCCCAACGGGGAAGGAACCAGGGCUGAAAUAUGCGAGCUGUUGAAGUGUUCCCAGUACAUUUCUGCUACGGCGACGGACAAUCUGCUGCAAUCGGUGGUGUCGGGGGCGCUUGAUAGAAUGCACACCCAAUGGGAUCCUUGUGUCAAGUAUGACCCGAAGAAGAAAAUUUGGAUUUACUUGCACAGGAAUAGGACAGAGGAGGAUUUCGAGAGGAUUCAUCAACAUUAUCAAGUUUCAGGAAUAAACAAAUCCAAAAAAUCUUCAUCAAAGAAAUCCCCGAUCAAGCCCAAAGCCAGCAAGGCAGCAGAGAAAACGGUGAAAACGGAGCCUCAACCGAUCGUCGAGACUGUCCAAGAAAGUCCUGACCCCACACCAACCCUUCCACCUCCACCACUAUCUCUGCAAGAACCUCCUACAAAAGUGGCGCCCAAGCAACAAACUGUAGUUCCUGCAUCACAGAAUACACCUGUACCUGGCCUCAUCACAGUGGCGGCACCCUCGAAAAGUACAAGUCUUUUGUUGUGCAACAAUUUGCCUAAAUCUCAAAUGCUGGAUGCUAGUCAGGCCAAGGUUGUGAUUUCCGAUGAACCACCACCGCUUGCAGUAACUUCUUCCAGCCCUAGUAUUCAACAACAGAAAGAAGAUAAGGAGAUCAAUGAUGCUAUCCAUGCUAUCAUACAAAAUAGAGUUUCUAGUCCUACUGUCAAAAGUGGUAAGAGCCUGGUGAAAAUGUUAUCUCCAUCGCAAGGCAAGUCGCUUAUCAUACCCACCACCAAUCCUCAGCUGAUCAAGCAAAUUCAAGAGCAACGUGGCACACCUACCAAACAGAUGAGCCAAGUAGUCACCCAACAGCUGCUUCAGACGAUUGCCGCCCAACAGAAACAGAUUCUCGUGCAGAAACACAACGAUUCUGUCGAGAACCGGCAAGAAAAAUUGAAGGUUCCUGUCAGCGUGCAACAGCAAAUCCUGCAAAGCAUACCGGCCCAGCAGCUGCAAAACAUAAAAAACGUCACCUUACUGAGGUCCUCCAGCGCCAACGUGAAUCUGACACCGAUCGCGAGCGUUUCCUCGCAAUCCAUCGGCGAUCAAAGCAACAUCGUGGCGGUGGCGGUAUCGAAAACGGAGGACCCUGUAGGUCAGCCCGGCGUCCAGAUCAAAACUCACGGUACUCUCACGCAGGCGCAACAGCAGCAAAUUUUGCAGACGAUCAAGCAGAAGAUCCUGCCGAAUUCCGGAUUGUUGGCGAAUUCGCAGCAGCAGAUUAUUUUGAAGCAGAAAAGCGGGGUGUUGCAAGUUCAGAAGGCUGGUGCUGGUGGACAAGUUAUCGGUCAGCAUAAAGUGAGCCUUGACGGCACCUCAAAAUCGAUCUCAUCCCAAGGGCCUGUUGUUGCCAAAGUGCUGACCAAUGCAGCCGGUCAGGUCAUUUCUUUAGAGAGCUUACUGAAUCAUCAAAAACAGCACGGCUCCCUAGCUCAAGGCACGACUCUGAGAGUGUCCGGCAAGAGCGGUCACCAGAACCUGAUCCACCUCACCGGUACCACCAAACCCAGCAACCUCGCCCAAUUCGCGGUGGGCUCCCAGCACAGCGUCCUGACGCUCGCCGGCCAGCCGAAGCUGGUGGUGGCGUCGCACGCGUCGACGGUGACGUCAUCGGUGACGGCGACCAAACCCUCUUCGAGGACGGCGGGCAAGGCGCAGAGUAAUGCGAAGACGGCCCAGCAUCUGGUCAGCGCCAAGCUGCUUCAGAGUUUGGAACCGCAAAAGGUGGUGCAAUCGAAAACAGCAACGAAACCCUCUGGCAAAAACACGCCCUUCUCCCUGAACGUGGCCGGCACCACGAACACCCUGCGCAUGGUGAGCACGGCCAAUCUGAACCUCGGCCAUCUGGGCGGCAAGCCCAUUCUGGUGGCGAGCGGCAAGGGCGGCACGUUGCAGAGCGUGCAGGGCCAGAACGUGAUCCUGCAGCCGGCGGGCAACGGCGCGUCGGCGCCCUCGCUGGUGCUGCAGAAGGGCCAAGGGCAGGUGGGGGCGAACAGCAUCAACAUCAUCAAUCAACCGAAUCUGGUGUUCAGCCAACAAGUGAAAGUACAGCAACAUACGCAACAGGUGAUGUUCGCCGCGCCGACCAAGGGCAACCCGGCCGCCGCGGGCCAGCAACAAACAAUCGCGCAGGGGCAGCACCUCGUGCUGGGCGGCCACCCGGUGCGACUGCACGCGGGCACCGGCUUCCAGGGCACCGCGAUCAACAUCAAGGCGCUGCAGGGGGUGAAGGUGAUACCGAUCGCGCAGGCGGGCGCGCAAGGGAAAGGAGUUCAAGGAAGACAAGUUUUAGCAAGGGUGAUGAAUCCCAGUUUAGUGAAAACUACAGCACCGCCUACAAAUAUAACGGAGAAAAUCACGGAGGUUACUCUACAAUCUCGGGGAGGAGAAUGAAAAUAGUAUCAGGUUUGAGUGUGUAUAUAAUGUUAAUAAAUUAGUGUGCAGUCGAUAUUUGUGUUGAAUGAGACGUGGGGAUGUAUCAUAUUAUUUAUAAUUAUCUGUUGAUUAUGUAAAUAGCUCUCCUUAUGAAUUGAUUGAUGUAUAAAGUGAUUUUUAAGACUUUUUUUAUUCCAGUAUUUAUGUGUAUUAACAACUUUUUUUUUAUAAACGAUAUGUAAUG